CCCGCGGGAAAAGGACUCGGACGCUUCUUAAUUCUCUUGACGAGUAUGGCUCUUUUUACGGAUGGCGCAGUGGAUGGGCGCCGGAGACAACUCUACGGUCCAGGGAGACAAAAUGAGCCAAAUAAGAUCAAGGAGGUGUUACAGCAGAGUCACGUUUUACAAAAUGGGGAAUAUAAUUUCAAGGGGCCGGAGCAUCACGAUCCGUCAUGGAAGAGUACAACCGUAUCUGAAUUCAGGGGUCAAAGGCCGCAAGUGGUUGGCAAACAGUACGAAACGCAACACACGCAACUCGCCACCCACUUCAGACUCGGCAACGACAGUGGGAGUUCCCUGCCGAAUAAUAUUUUCCAGACGUCAACAACCAAAGCCGACUAUGACAAAAAGAACGUUGCCAAGCCCAAGAUCUACGAAGGUGAUCGGACGAUCAACUGGCCGGAUAUGGCACCCCAGUACCAAGGCGAUCGAAAGAUGGGGACUUCAGAAUACAAGAACACCUUCGCAGAUGGCGAGGUCAUGUUAAAUCCCAGUCGGCCAACCUAUCCAAAGUUGGACACGAGUAAGAUAAAGUUACCAGUUGACUUUGAGAAAGUGCGACACAUCAAGGGAACCAACGUAAACCUGGGAAGUGACCCUUCAAACUACGAGUCCGAGACGAAAAGAGCAUACGAGAACCUGCCCGAUGAUGAAGGGAACAGAAUAUUGCAAGAAGGCAUCGAUGCCGCGCAGGGCGUGACCAAGUUCAUGAAGGACAUGGAAAGGUCGUCUAACGUCUUUAGGGCAGGAGACUACAACGAUAUUGUGGACAACUCCUUCCAGACGACGUUUACCACAGACUACGGUCGUAAACCUAAUUCCGACACAAACCUUAUCAGCAGGUCAGAUAACAAGAAGAAAUCUGUGACAUUCCUUGACGAGCUCGAAGAACUGGAAAACAAUGAGAAUCGGCAAACGCCCAGCAGACGACCAAAGAGCGAAGAUGGGCGCAUGCCAAGCUUGUUUGAGCACGCCAUCAACCAUGUUGCUCCAAUCACAUUUGGAGAGGCACGUGAUGGAAAAAAAGAACACACUUCAGCUCAUUUCAAGUUUGGCAACGAUAAUGAAGUGCCGGAGAGCAUGUACGCCAAGGACUACGAGACGGCAGGGAUGAGGCAACAGAUGAAGCCGUUCAUACAGCCUCCGCCAAGAGACUCUGAGGUACUGCAAAGAGAUACCGACAAGUCUUUCUUCCAAAGUACCACCACCAAUGAGUUCGGGCAACACAUCAAGCAGAUGGGAGCUGGCGUGCAUGCGGAUACAAUGGAUAUAGCAAGGCGUAACCUGGAACGUCGCCACGGCCACAAUGUUGUCUUCUCCUGCGACAUGCAGAAACACUCUCAAGACAGACAAAAAUCUACGUCAAAACAAGACUACGUGGCACCUCCUGCAGACUUUAAGGCGAUGGCUCCGAUGACCGCUCAGCCAUCCAAAUACAACUUCCUUGAAACCGAUGGAGCUCUGCCUUUCCCCGUGCCAAAGGUCAAGACCACCGAUCAUCAGUUCAACUUCAUCGACGGCUUCAUGACCUCAAACGAUUCCCUGAACCGCCGUCGCAACCAGCAAGACCAAUGCAAAUCCCGUCUAGCAGACGGCAAGGGCACCCAUUUCAUCUUGGGCUACACGCAACAAAGCCAUACCUCCGAGGCACAGGAGAACUUUGACGGCAAGCCAAAAUCAGAUGAGAACAUCCCACCGGCGGGAAAGAUGGAGAAGAUCUCCGAAUUUCAGUUCGGCCAUAUCAAUCACAGCGAGAACACAAAGGAUAUGAAUGCCAAGCUUUAUAAAGAUAGGGAUGACUCGGAUGUGCCAAUACAUGCGUCAUCAGUCAUGAUGGCUGAUUACACACACCCUGAAAGGAGGCUGUUUACAAACGCACAAGAGACGAUGCUUAACCAGGACAUCAAACACAAGAACAAACCGAUCGAACAUUCUCACUUCUUCCAUAUGGAUACCACAGGAAACAGGAACUUCGAGACAACUAGCAUGGCCGACUUUGUCAAACCGGAAAUGAUGACUGGUCGAAAGUUCCUAGCCGCACGUUGAACGGAUGAUAGCAAAAAUGUCUCUUGUUAGACGAGGACAUGUUGUAAUAUUGAUUAAAACCUUGUGAUGUUAACUUAGAACGUGACAAUUCGGUGGUGCUAUAUCAAAAUAAGGCACUAAUAUUUCGAGAUAAUCUCUCAUCAUGUUGUAUCUGGUCCAUCUCUUAUGUAAUAAUGUGUGUUUUGUGGCUUUUUUCUAAUCUUUCUCGAGAUAUAUCCUUGGUGAGUAAUUCUAGUCCCCACUGACGUUGCAUUUCACCAGAAGCUGCAUUUAGGCUGACCGCAUCGCUUUGGAACCUAUAAGAAGGAAUGUGAGAAUGCGCGGUAGCUGCCGUCAGUCGAUGGCUGGGCGCAUCAGACGAACAUGCAUCUUGACCCUAAACGUGUUGACAUUGCUCAGCUUCUAGACAACGCACGCGCGGAGGCUACGCAGGCAAUACCGCUGGAAGUUCAGUCUGACGGACAGAUACGUGCAAAAGCUUAGCUAAAGAUAAUCAGUUUAUUUGAUCUCAAAACUUGUAAAUUUUGUAUAAUGUUGCACGAAUAAGUGCAGAUGGUGAUUGUUAUAUAUUCAUAAUGAUUUCUAUCCUUGAAAUCCGUAUAGCCUACAUUAUAUCAGCUCAUUUUGAUUAUAUGUAUUAUGUUAAUUCUAAUGUCUAACUAUUUGAGCUGUACAACUGUAACUUCUCUACGUCGUUUUUUCCUCAAUCCUCUAAUAAAGAAGAAUUUGUCAAUAAACACAGUGUUGCUUUCACUUACACCACAUUGAAGGCUAACCGCUUUCACAAAAUUGGUGCCUAGGUUGUUGCUAUGAAAAUGAAAGUUCUGCCCCAGCCAUCAGGGAGGGGAACGAACUCCAAGCCUAUAUUGUCCCUUUAAGCAGAACAUUUUUCUCAGCCAGGGUGUUCAGCAUGGUAUGUUGGUUGUGACAAUGUAUUCAGUUGUAAAAAGUUGACAUUGUCCAUCAUCUGCCUGGACAGGGUGGAGACACAUAUUUUAGCACAACUUAUCAAUGUCAAUUGUGCAAAGACACAUCUCCAUUCUCUAUGGUCUUAAGCAGCCGUGUUUAGUACAUCUCUUGAUCUUGUUUCUGUAACAUAGUGUUUGCACUGC